UCAACUAAAAAGACUAAACAAUUUUGCAUUGCAAUAACAUCAAUGAUCCUGAUAUUUUCCUAAACUCUUCUUUUAUUUGUGUUGCUUUUUUAGAAGACCAUCAGAUCUACAGGCAGGAGCAGUUCAUGGAGUAGAGAUGGAACCAACAGUCAGAUUCCGGGUCCUCAUUGAUCACGAGGUCAAAAAACUUACACUCAAAAGUGGCAUACCCUCAACUGUUGAUGAAUUGGUUGCAGCCAUCCAAGAACAAUUUGCCAUCACCACUGAAAUCAGUGUUCAGUACAAAGAUGAAGAGUUUAAUGACUUUUUCACUCUAACGACCACAAAGGAACUUAAAGAUAAAGACACACUGAAAGUAGUGUAUGUUCCGUUAAACAUAACACUGACUGUUGUUCCCCAGGAAAGCACCCCUGAUGCCUCCAGUGUGUGCUCUUUAUCAGAGUCUGUGACACACUCUGACGUCUCAGAUGAUACUGUGAUUCUCUCUCCUUCACCCUCUGAAAGACAAUAUCCAUGGCCUGCUGUAUUUCCAAUUCCAACUUUCUCACACAAUACUGAGCUGGCUUUGAGUCAAGGUAAUGAGAUUUAUUUAAGAGAUGGCACCCUACUGACAUCACCCAGUGUCAAAGCAGAUAUCUUGGAGCGCCUGGCAGAGGCCAUGUUUUGCUAUACAGCAUACCCCAAUGAUGCCCAGAGAUCUGCAGUAGCACAGGCACUAAUAGAAAAGCAUCCCUGUUUGAAGGAACCGGGAUCUUUUAAUGGAAUUUAUGGGUGGCAACAAAGCCUGAAAUACAAAUGUGGAAACUAUCGUACCAAACGCAAAGCAUUGGGAAGUCCUGAACUCCUGAUAAACUCAAUGAAACACAAGGUGGGAGAUGAGAGAAAACCUGCUAAAAACAUCAAAAAACCAAAGAGGGCAGAAGUAAAUUUCCUGCCUCAGCACCCUUCAGGUGAUACAGAUAACAGCCUUGAGAAUGUGAGACUUGAGUUAAUAGAAGCCAGCAAGAAAAGGGAUGUCAAAAGCAUAAAUGACAUGAUGGCCAGGACGUAUAGCUGCAGAAGAAUGGAAGUGGUUGCCCAGUCCCCAGAUGUACCAAAAUUGAAAGAAAGAUGGCCUGCCCUCUUUGAACCAUUCCAGAUAAAUGAAGAAUUCCGAAGGUGUACUGCAGUUCCACUAGAAUCAAUGUUUAUGUCCCAGCUGGACAAGUACACUCCAAAACUUCUUGACCUGUUUAGUGCGAAGGGUGGAGCAGCUGGUCAACGCAUCAAGAACUUGUUAUUGGAACUGAUACAGGAUCCGAGUACCUCUGUGGUGAAGAAAAGAGACGUGACUCUGAGAUGCCUCAUUGAAUACAUGGGAGAGAGUGGGCAAGAGCUCAUCUCUGACUACAUUGGAAAAACGGAGAGCAGUGUCCAUGAGGACUUGAACAUGCGCAAUAUGCAGAUAUAUGUCUGCUGUGAACCAGAUGCAGUGGGCAUCAUCAUUGAGGGAAUUCCGGUGCUUACUGAUCUUGGAAAUCUGGCCAGGGCAUGUUGCUUGCUUCUGGGGAUGACAUAUGCUCUGAACUUGCAGUAUCCACCACAACUUUGCAAAACAUUUGAGGUGUUCCAAAGACUUUUUGUGGGACUUGACACACUGCGCCCAAAGCCUUCUUCCCGAUUCAUGACACUCAAAAACAAACUUCUGAGUUAGUUGGUCAACUGCCAGCCUCACACUAAAUGGCAAUCUUGUGUUUUUAUUGAGUUUUCCAGAAGAUUGUUGUGAAUGUUUAAUUGUUAAUUGGCUGAGUCUCAGAGGUUCUGUUUCUUUGCUGCUUCACUCUUGUUCGAUGGGCUGUUUAACUAAAAGCAAUGUGGUAGUCAAGCACAGACUUCUUCAGUUCCUGGAUAAGUGUCCAGCUUCUGGGCACUUGAUUUGCUGAAGUUUGUUUUGUUAUGUCAAAUACUGAGGUCAGAGGCCCUUUAUUUUAUUUUAUUUCAAUUUCAAAUGUUUUAUUGCAAUAUAGCACAGAUUGCACUUUAAACAUGUUCUGUUAUUAGUUUAACAUGUUUUAACAUAUGUUACAUGAAAAUGUAUUGUACUGUACACACAAGUCAGGCUGUUUAUGUAAAUUGCUUAGGUCAAGAGUGACUGUACUUUAAUGUUAGUGUUAAGAGGACACAGAUUGCACUUAAAAGGUGUUCUAUGUUGCAUUUAAAAAUGAGAAGUUUCUGUAAUUUGUAAUUUCAGAAACUGCAUCCAAUUGUUUGUAUA